AUGGAGUAUAAAAAGGCUAGCUAGGCCACUGGUUGGACAAUGUAUUUGAUGAUAGCUAUUGACAAGCUGAUUGUACUCAUUACUGGUGUACUUCUGUAUUUUUUAAAGGUUACAAGAUGCUGAGACUAGUGGUUCUGGCAUUGGCCGUCUGCAUGACGUCUGCCAGUAUGGAAGCCAACUGGGUCAUCUUUAAAGCCAAGUACAACAAAACCUACACAGGAGAAGAUGACCUUACCAGACGGUACAUCUGGGAAUCAAACGUGAAAACCAUUGAAGCACACAACGAGUUGUACGCUAAAGGUCUCAAGAGUUAUUACCUCAAGGAGAACAAAUACUCUGAUAUGAGUCACGAAGAAUUCAGAGCAACAAUGAAGGGGUUCCUUUCAAAUCAACCUUUGACCCCAGUGAACUACUCCGUGAGUGGUCUGUUGAGGGUCGUCCUCCCUUCCGCUGUCGAUUGGCGUAAAGAAGGUUACGUAACAAGGGUCAAGGACCAGGGUUGUUGUGAGUCCGGCUGGGCUUUCUCCUCUACGGGAGGUCUAGAGGGUCAGAACUUUAAACUGACGGGCAGAUUAGUCGAACUAUCCGAAUCUAACCUGAUAGACUGUUCGACUGGUUGGGGCAACCACGGGUGCCAGGGUGGAUCGAUGCAGAAGGCCUUCCAAUACAUCAUAGAUAACACGGGCAUUGACACGGAGGAGAGCUACCCAUACCAGCUAAAGGAAAAUACCUGCAACUUUAAGACAGCCACAGUUGGAGCUACUGUUCAGUCCUACGUAGAUGUUCCAAGCGGACGUGAAGAUGCUCUCCGUGAAGUCGUAGCCACGGUCGGACCCGUCAGUGCUGCUAUAGACACCAGCCAUGAUUCGUUCCAUCAAUACGGAGGUGGUGUGUAUGACGAACCAGACUGCCACUCUACUCAUCUUAAUCAUGGUGUCUUAGUUGUUGGGUUCGACACUGACAGCAGUGGCGGCGACUACUGGAUCGUUAAAAACAGCUAUGGCACAUCAUGGGGACAGGAAGGCUACAUCUGGAUGUCGAGAAACAAAGACAACCAGUGUGGCAUUGCAACUGAAGCUAGCUACCCCGUCGUGUAAUUUUUGGUACACUGAUACUAAAUUUGUUAGACACCUAAUCUUUUCUAAAUAAAGCAACA